AUGGCAAAUCAAGGUGGUUUUAAGAAGAAGACGUUUGGUUGGGUGAUAAAAGACUUGCAAACUCAUAGGCGUUGCUCUGUUCCAAUCCUAAUUGGUGACUCUUAUUGGCGUCUUGUUGCUCUUCCCAAUGAAAACGGUUACUUUUCUCUGUUUCUCGAAGUUAAUAUGGAACUAAUUCCAUGUGGCUGGAGAAGAUACGUGGAAUUUCGCAUGACUAUAGUCAAUCAUAUAUCUCCGAUACAUUCUGUAGAUAAAAAAGGAUGGCGCUGGUUUGAUGAGAACACUAAGAAUUGGGGGUUUAAAGACAUGAUUCCCGCAGUCAUCCUUAAUAACGUAAAUGUUGGGUUCUUGUUGAAUGGGGAGAUCACGAUUAUUGCUGAAGUUGAAGUUCAUGAAUUUAUUGACACGUUAAAUGCAUCACAAGUUGAAGAGCUUAGUGAUGAUUCCUCUGAAGAUUUGCAGAACAAAGAUAAUGUAACUAUCGAAGUCAACGGCUUUCAGGUUCUUGAUUCGCAGGUUGAUCAGGUCAAUGCAAUCUUUGAGAAACAUCCAGAUCUCAUAUCGAAUUUCAGUUUGAAGAAUCAACAUAUCAGGAAUGCUUACAUGCAUGCUCUUCUUGACCUUACGAAGACACUGUCCAAAUCUACUAAGGAACUCACAGUGGAAGACAUGAACGAAGCAGACAAUACGAUUACGGAUCUGAUUAAAGCAGGCUUGAACUUGGACUGGUUGCGUCAGAAGUUUGAUCAGGCUUUGGAAAAACAGAUAGCUUACGACACACGGAUCGGAGAACUCGAGAAACAGGUCAAGAAGCGAAAGCUGGCAGUGACAGAACUUGAAGCCGACCUGGAGAAAGAGAAAGCUGCAGCUUCGGCUUCAUUGAUGUUGUUUGACUGA